AUGGCCAAUCUACAGCGAGUCGUUAUCUCAUUGCUGCUCAUUCUGACAGCAUCGUUCCUUUUCCUCGCACAAACUUCGUCUGCGGCCAAAGGACCAAAGAUUACCAACAAGGUCUAUUUCGAUAUUACACAUGGGGAUGAGGAAUUGGGCAGAGUCGUCAUUGGUCUCUAUGGGAAGACAGUCCCCAAGACUGCUGAGAACUUCCGUGCUUUGUGCACAGGGGAAAAGGGCUUUGGUUAUGAGGGAUCGGCUUUCCACAGAGUCAUUAAGCAGUUCAUGAUCCAGGGUGGUGACUUCACCAAUGGCGAUGGCACUGGCGGAAAAUCCAUCUAUGGGAACAAGUUCCCUGAUGAGAACUUCAAGUUGAAGCACACCAAGACUGGCAUGCUCAGCAUGGCCAACUCCGGAAAAGACACCAACGGUUCCCAAUUCUUCAUAACCACAGCUAUUACUUCAUGGCUGGAUGGAAAGCAUGUAGUCUUUGGAGAAGUCUUGGAAGGCUACGAUGUCGUGGAGAAGGUGGAAAACGUGCCAAAGGGCGCUGGAGACAAGCCUGCCAAGACCGUCAAGAUCGCAAAGGCGGGGGAGUUGCCGGUGCCAGAAGAAGAACUCAUCGGAUCGGCUCUUCCUGCGGUGCCAGGCGACGAGUUGGACGUGACAUUGGGGGAUGAACCCAAGCAACAGCUAGAAACUACGGAAUCUGAUGUGAUUCCUCCAACGGAAAGUCACGGUUUGAGCAUCUUGACAAAGUUGAUUUUCUUUGGCGUGAUCGUUGGUGUUGUGUUGAGCUUCCUCAGGACUCGCAAGCCUAUGGUAGAGAAAAGUUUCGCCUGA